AUCACGUUGUCGAUAUUUUGUGGGAUAGGCGAGGAAUUGUCUAAAUAUAACGGCGUUGCUGCUUGCUAAUGUGUGUAUUAGGUUUUGCUUGAGUUAUCCGCUCGUCCCAUGCUCUUGGUGGUGUUGUGUUCGGUUCGGUUGACAUGACUAUGGAAGAUCCGUUCUACGUGGUCAAAGAUGAGGUGUUCAAGGCACUAAACAAGACACGAGGCCUGUACCUGCGCUGGCAGGAGAUCUCCAAGGCCCCCGUGGCCCCCAACAGUCCCGAGGUUGAAUGGACCUCCACGGAGCUGAGGAACGCGCUGCGCAGCAUCGAGUGGGACUUGGAGGACCUUGAAGAUACUAUUAGUAUCGUCGAAAAGAACUCAUCGAAGUUUAAGAUCGACAACAAGGAGAUCAGCGACCGGCGGACGUUCAUUGAAGCCACUAAGCAGGAGGUGAAGGUAAUGAAAGGCAAGAUGAGCCUAAACAGGAACCGCGACGCGGACGGCACGGCGCGCGAGCCGCUGCUCGGCGAGGAGAGCCCCAUGCACUUCGGGAACACGUGGACCUCCACGCCCAAGUACUCCAAGUACUCGAAGCUGGCCAGCCAGACCGACAGGUUAGCGUCUCUUUCUAACACUCGGCGGGUAAUGAGAGGCAACAUGAGCCUGAACAGGAACCGCGACGCGGACGGCACGGCGCGCGAGCCGCUGCUCGGCGAGGAGAGCCCCAUGCACUUCGGGAACACGUGGACCUCCACGCCCAAGUACUCCAAGUACUCGAAGCUGGCCAGCCAGACCGACAGGUUAGCGUCUCUUUCUAACACUCGGCGGGUAAUGAGAGGCAACAUGAGCCUGAACAGGAACCGCGACGCGGACGGCACGGCGCGCGAGCCGCUGCUCGGCGAGGAGAGCCCCAUGCACUUCGGGAACACGUGGACCUCCACGCCCAAGUACUCCAAGUACUCGAAGCUGGCCAGCCAGACCGACAGGUUAGCGUCUCUUUCUAACACUCGGCGGGUAAUGAGAGGCAACAUGAGCCUGAACAGGAACCGCGACGCGGACGGCACGGCGCGCGAGCCGCUGCUCGGCGAGGAGAGCCCCAUGCACUUCGGGAACACGUGGACCUCCACGCCCAAGUACUCCAAGUACUCGAAGCUGGCCAGCCAGACCGACAGGUUAGCGUCUCUUUCUAACACUCGGCGGGUAAUGAGAGGCAACAUGAGCCUGAACAGGAACCGCGACGCGGACGGCACGGCGCGCGAGCCGCUGCUCGGCGAGGAGAGCCCCAUGCACUUCGGGAACACGUGGACCUCCACGCCCAAGUACUCCAAGUACUCGAAGCUGGCCAGCCAGACCGACAGGUUAGCGUCUCUUUCUAACACUCGGCGGGUAAUGAGAGGCAACAUGAGCCUGAACAGGAACCGCGACGCGGACGGCACGGCGCGCGAGCCGCUGCUCGGCGAGGAGAGCCCCAUGCACUUCGGGAACACGUGGACCUCCACGCCCAAGUACUCCAAGUACUCGAAGCUGGCCAGCCAGACCGACAGCCCGAACAGAUUCGACGCAUACGAUUCGAUGCAGGAGAAGAUGCUCGUGAACCAGGACGACCAGCUGCAGGUGAUCAGCAACUCGGUCGGCAGCCUCAAGACCGUCUCCAAGCAGAUCGGCAUAGAGCUGGACGAGCAGGCCGGUAUGCUAGACGACCUCAACACGGAGCUCGAAAACGCCGACUCCAAGUUAGAUUCCACUAUUAAGAAAGUCGCAAAGGUGCUCCACAUGAAUAAUGAACGGCGUCAAUGGCUGGCUAUUGGCAUACUCCUCGGUCUAUUAGUCAUAAUCCUAAUAUUGUUUAUUAUAAUCUGAGCUCACAGCUUCGCGGGUCGCCGUUCACUCUGAGACGCUCUGACUUAGCCAAUUCAUCUUCAAACGCCCCACAGUGAAACGACGCCAU